AUGCAGCCACCGACGAGAGCGACGGCGACAUGCUCCAUGGCGAGGGCCGUCUGCGGCGGCGGCCAAGCUUUGAGCAUGCGCGGUGCACGCGGAUACCCCGAGGCUCUCGAGAAGCUGGCAACGCUGCAGUCGAACCGCAGCACGACGCUCCUGUUCGGCGGCGGCGGCGGCGGCAGCCCCGAGCAGCUCAACGCGCGGGCGAUUCCCGAGAUGGGCGCGUGGCUGCGUCGCGCCGGCUACGGGCCUGCGGACCUCGCGCGCAUGCGGCACAUUCACGUCGCCGGCACAAAGGGAAAGGGCUCCGUGUGCGCGUUUGCGACGGCCAUGCUACUGCGGCGGCGGUGGCGGCACCACGGUGGCGAUGGAGGAGGCAGCGUCGGCACGUACACGAGCCCGCACCUGGUGGGACCGCGGGAGCGCAUCGCCAUUGACGGCGAGCCCAUAGGCCAGCAGGCCUUUGCCGACGCCUUCUUCGAGCUGUGGGAUCGCUUCGGCGAGGCGGCGCGGCGCGAGGACGGGGUGAGCGCGGCGCAGGCUGAGGGUCCCGAGUCGAAACCCUUCUUCUUCCGCUUCCUGACCAUCAUGGCGUGGCACGUCUUCCUCGCCCGGGGCGUCGGCGAUGUCGUCAUGGAGUGCGGCAUUGGCGGCGAGUACGACGCGACGAAUGUGCUGCCGCCCGAGGCGGUGUCGGCGGCCGUGGUGACGCAGCUGGGCAUCGAUCACGUCGCCAUGCUGGGGGACUCGGCAGGGCAGAUUGCGUGGCACAAGGCUGGCAUCAUGAAGCCGGGCGUCAAGUGCUUCACCGGCUCUUCAGACCACCAUCACCGCCAGCAACCCGCCGUCAUGCAGGUUCUCAGAGCGCGGGCGGCGGAAAAGGGCGCCAGCCUGGUCGAGGUCGAUGACGAGACAGUGCGGCAAUGGGGCGGCGUGCCAGGUCUCCUACGCGGCGAUUUUCAGAAGAGGAACCAGGCGCUGGCGACGCUGGCGGUGCGCGAGCAUCUGGGUUGGGGCGACGUCGUGCCAUCACCAUCAUCAUCGUCAUCUCUCCUCGCCGCGCUGCGGAGCAUCCCCGAGGACAUGGUGCAGGGCCUGCGCGAGGCACGGCUCCGCGGCCGGUGCGAGGUGCUCGAGCACGCCGACGUCACCUGGCUCCUCGACGGCGCGCACACGGCCGAAAGCCUGGCCGAGGUCGCGCGCUGGCUCGCCCAGUCACUGCGUCCCCCGGCCGUCGAGCCGAUCGUGCUCGUCUUCAACCAGCAGGACAGGGAAGCGGCGCCGCUGCUGGCCGCGCUCGUGGCCGCGGUGCAGCGUGAGACCGGCCGCCAGACGCUCGUCUUUCGCCACGCCCUCUUCACCCGCAACGACCUCGCUCGCCCUCCCGCCGGCGCCGUCGUGGACAUGGCUGUGCAGGAAAAAACGGCUGCUGCCAUGGUUGGCUUGGUGCCGGGCUGCGAUACGGCGUGCGUUGACAACGUCGAGGACGCUGUUGCGCGGGCGAGGGCCUUGGCGGCGCAGCUUGCGGACGAGCACGGCGUGAAGCCCAAGGUGCUGGUGACCGGAAGCCUGCAUCUUGUUGGCGCUGCAUUGCGAGUGUUGGAGCCCGAUAGCUCGUUAUAG